AUGCAAAGGGAUAGUGUUUCUGGUGGCCCAUCAACACCUGGUGGGCCUACUGCACGGUUACGCAGACGCAGAGGUUCAAAUGAGGUCCCUCCGGAAGUUGAGAAAGCUGAUGGAAGCAAUUUACUUGCUAAUGAUCGUAACAAGUACAAGUCGAUGCUAAUCCGUACAUAUUCAACUGUUUGGAUGAUUGGAGGCUUCGUCUUUGUAAUAUACAUGGGCCACCUUUAUAUUUGGGCCAUGGUAAUUGUUAUCCAAAUUUUUAUGGCAAAGGAGUUGUUCAAUUUGCUUAGGAAAGCACAUGAAGACAAAAGACUCCCAGGAUUCAGGCUCCUAAAUUGGCACUUCUUCUUCACGGCAAUGCUGUUUGUGUAUGGUCGCAUUGUCAGUCAAAGGCUCGUGAACACUGUGACUACGGACAAAGUUCUGUAUAAGCUCGUGAGCAAAUUUAUCAAGUAUCAUAUGGUUACUUGUUAUUUCCUAUAUAUUGCAGGUUUCAUGUGGUUCAUUCUUACACUGAAGAAGAAAAUGUACAAGUAUCAAUUUGGGCAGUAUGCUUGGACACACAUGAUUCUUAUUGUGGUGUUCACCCAAUCGUCAUUUACUGUGGCAAAUAUCUUUGAAGGAAUUUUCUGGUUCCUUCUCCCAGCAUCACUCAUUGUCAUAAAUGAUAUUGCUGCUUAUAUUUUUGGGUUUUUCUUUGGCAAAACACCUCUUAUCAAGUUAUCGCCAAAGAAAACAUGGGAAGGAUUUAUUGGAGCUUCUGUUGCUACCAUGGUUUCGGCUUUUUUGCUGGCAAAUAUAUUGGGUCGCUUUCAGUGGCUGACGUGCCCACGGAAGGAUUUAUCGACUGGCUGGCUUCAAUGUGACCCUGAUCCAUUAUUUAAACCAGAAAGUUAUUCUCUCCCAGAGUGGCUUCCCGAAUGGUUCCCAUGGAGAGAGGUGUCUGUUUUGCCUGUACAGUGGCACGCAUUGUGUCUUGGUCUUUUCGCAUCAAUUAUUGCCCCUUUCGGAGGGUUUUUUGCCAGUGGCUUUAAGAGAGCUUUUAAGAUCAAGGAUUUUGGUGAUAGCAUUCCUGGACACGGUGGCAUCACUGAUAGAAUGGAUUGCCAGAUGGUGAUGGCUGUUUUCGCAUAUAUCUAUCACCAGUCAUUUGUUGUGCCACAGAGCUUGUCGAUCGAGAUGAUCAUGGACCAGAUAUUGAUGAACCUUACGUUUGAGGAACAACGGGCAUUGUACUCAAAACUCGGGCAGAUCAUCAUGGAGAGGCAGUUUGGUGAAUCAUGA